AAUGGCGAAGGGCAAAGUCAUAUGGUUAUCGGUUCUUUUCCUGGGCAUCGCUUUGGGGCAGCCUCUAGCGCAACCGGAACCGCAGUUCCCUUGCCCAUGCCCAUGCCAGCCCCAACCAGCCCCCACUCCCUGUGAGGCCGCCCAACCGGCCCAGCAGAUUGGACCCUGUAAUCCGUGCGAGCCACCCGUUAACUAUGUGUAUGGUCAGGCGCCUACGGGUUCCAUCCUCAUCAGGCCAGGACAAAUCAGGUUCCCAACACCACCCCCGAUCGUGGUUCGUCCUGGUGAGAUCAGGCUGCCGACACCACCCGCAAUAUGGGUGAAACCCGCCCCAGUCCAGCCACCAACCCCAGCGCCGAUAACAGUGCGACCGCCCCCAGUACAGCCACCAACCCCACCGCCGUUCUACGUGAGAGUGCCCCCAGUGAACCCACCAACCCCGCCGCCACUGAUCGUCAGACCUCCACCUGUGCCUGUGCCCAGACCAGCCCCGAUUAGGGUACAACCACCCCCAGUCCAGCCACCAGUACCCGACGCGUUGGUAGUCAGACCACCCAAGAUCGUCGUGCCUGCACCCCCAACCAUUUGCUUCCGCCCCAACCCUCCCCAAGUAUUCAGGACUUUGGGGGCGGCAACUAUAUGCAGAGCUACGGGUGCACAGAACGAUGCCAUCUUGCCAUCGCCUUGCCCAUGUGGGCCCCCACCACCUUGCCCAUGUGGGCCAUCACCAACCCCACCGCCCCCACCUUGCCCCUGCAAUUGCCCUAACCCCUGUCCACCCCCACCGUGCCUCUGUGGCCUCUAA